AUGGCAUAUGUUUAUGAAUCAAGUACAAAAUUAAGACCUGUUGCUGACUUUAAUGAUGACAGAUGGGUUGCAUUAUCAACUACAGAAUUUAAACGUACAUUAAUUGAUAAUAAUACAACAGAGACUAGUAAAUCUUCUGAUACUACAUCUAUUAAUGAGGAAGAGGUUUCAAUAUAUCCAGAAGCACUUAGAUAUCAUUUCAAAGAUGCUUGUAAUUUUGAUGAACGUAUAGAAGGAACAGAAUUUGGAUUUGUAGAAGAAUUAGAAGAACAGAUACAACCUUGGGAUAUUUCUCAAAUUGAUGAACAUGUUGAAAUCCGUGUUACUAAAGAUAAAGGACGUUGUCUAUAUGCUCGUAAAAGUUUUAAUCCUGGUGAUAUAAUAUUUGCUGAAAGUCCAAUUUUAGUAGUAACACCAGAUAUUGCUCAGGAAAUGUAUGAUUUCUUAGAGGAAUUAAAUGAGUCUGAAACUUUUUCUUUACCUCCAUUAUGGCAUUUGGCCGCAUUAUGUACUUUAACUAUGCUUGAUGAGGAAACAAAACAAGCUUGUCUUGAUAAAUGGGUUCCUGAUCCAUAUGCUGAACCAAGUCAUGAUGUAAUUAAAGUAAUUGAAAAUUCUGGUUUAAAUAUUGAUCCAUAUAUGUAUGAACGUACUCUAGGAGCAUGGCGUUAUAAUUCAUUUAACCAUACAUCAAAUAAUGGUAUUGUAUUAUAUAAUAGAAUUAGUAUGAUGGCUCAUAGCUGUGCAGCAAGUUGUUGUUGGCAUUAUGGGACAGAAAAUACAUUUGUAUUAAGAGCAAAAACUAGAUUAGAGAUAGGAGAUGAAAUAACAAUAUCUUAUAUUGCAGAUGACGAUUUAUUUAAGUGUUCAAAAGUUAGGAGAAAUUUACUACUUAAUUGGCUUUUUUAUUGUCAAUGUUCACGUUGUAGUGAUCCUGUUGAUUUAUCUAGAGGAUUACGAUGUGCUUCUUGUGGUGUUGGAACUGUUUUUUUUAAGGAUAAUGAGACAGGAGAAACAUUAUCUACUAAUUGUAAUGUAUGUAAAACGCACCCUCACCAAGAUAUUAUACUUAGUUAUACAGAUUUAGAAUCUCAAUACAUAUUGAGAUUAGAAGAAACUGAUAAGACUGAUAUUGAAGAUAUUGAAAAUGUAUAUAUUGAAGCUCAAAAAGUUUUUACACAACAUUGGAUAAUGUAUGAAUUAGAUACUAUGUUAUUUGAAGCAUAUAAAGAUAUUCAACAAUAUGACAAUGCAAUACCUUGUCUUUACAAUCGACUUAAUUAUGUUAGAAGUACCUUUCCUGAUUGUACAUAUACUUUAGCUUGGAUAACAGAAGAACUUGGUGAUAUCCUGAGUAUUCAGUAUAAUGAAAAUAAAUUAUCACAUAAAUCUAAUCAUCAGCUAGCUGCAAUCCAACGCAACUUUUAUGAUACAUGGUGUUACCUGAGCAUCUUGACAGGUCCUAAUCAUCAUUUUACAAAUGCUGCUAAAUUGAAAUAUGAAGCAACAUGUGAAUAA